AUGGGAUUCGCAGAUAAAAUACAAAGUAAGCUAGGAAACAAACAGGAGCUCGACAAGCUUGACAAGCAGGCUGGGAAAUCGGUGGGAAGUGAUUCCUUCAGCGGUGCAGCCAAACAGCAGUAUAAAGAUGGCAACAUCAAUAAGGCCAAUGCUGUGAAGUACGCCGACGAGUACGACACCAAGGCCGGUAAGUACCUUGGCAAGGAGAACCUUAGUGGGACCGAAGCCGGAAUUGGCUCCAAGCUUGGUGGUACAAAGGGUGAUGGUUCUAAGCUAGACAGCAAGGACGCCACUGCGAAGGAAACCUAUGGUAAGGGGUCCGGCUAUGGCGACGAUGCCACUGGAUAUGAUGGUACCACAGCACUGGGAAAGGGUUCUGCUGGGUAUGGAGAGUCUACCGGCUACGGCAAGAGCUCGUCGGGCUACGGCCAAGACAGUAAGAACCCGGGCCACGGUACUGCUGCUACUGGAACGGCAGCCGCCACUGGAUUCGGUGCUGGUGGUGUGGCUGCUUCGAAAGGUUCUGGUGGACAUGGCGACUCGCAUUCUACCACCACCACUGACCCAUAUGGUACCAAUGGUGCCGCAGGUGCCACCAUUGGUACUACUGGCACUACUGGUACGCAUGGUACCAGCCACGGUACCCACGGUGCCAGCCACGGUUCUACUGGCACUGGCACUAAGUCCUCGGGCAAGGAAACCGACUGGAACGAAGUUGGUACCAAUGCUAAGUCUGGGGUAACUGGAGGCACAAAUGCUGCGAAAUCUGACGACCCAGCUACCAGAGCCAAGUACGGCAAGGAUGCUGCCAUUGGCGGUGGAGCUGCCGCCGUUGGUGCUGCUGGGGCCUACGGAACCAAGAGCCACAGCCAUAAGUCUUCCACCGAUUCAGACUACAGUUCUGGGGCCAGUGGUACGGGCAACAGCCGUGGUGCUAUUGGCACUGGUACGGGUUCUACUGGGUUUACUACUGGUAAUAAGCAAUUGGACGACAAGAUUGCCCAGUUGGAUCCAUCUUUGCAGCAGCAAGCUAAGGAUGCUUUCCACAGAGGCUAUCAAGAUGCAAGAAAGUCGUUCACCGCUUAG